UGCGGGCAUCGUGCGCGUGGAACAAAGAAGGCGGCAGCGAAAGGAGGCGUGCGAGUCGCGCCCGGACUUGCAGUGCAGGCUUCGCGCUUCGGUCGUGACGGAUACCGCAGCCCGCAGCACAGCAGCCGACCGUAACUUGCCGCAGACAUGGGGAACAGGAAGAGUUAACCGCUCUCACGGUUUUUCGAGCCCCUCCUCCAAUUUUUCUGUGAGACCGCUCUCUUUCACUGCAGCCCUUUUGUACCGAGUGGUUGCGGACACCAAAAUGUUGCGGUUCGGCAGCAGGAACGACGUGAACACAACCUUCAAAUGCACGGUGCGAUUACUGGAAGACACAGAGGUGCUCGAAUUAGAAUUCCAGGUCAAUUAUGAAGGGAAAGAUCUGCUGGACCAAGUUUGUCAACAACUAAAUUUGAUUGAAAAAGAUUACUUUGGCCUCCGAUAUGUAGAUAUAAACAAACAGAGGCACUGGCUUGAUCUCAACAAGACUAUCGUAAAGCAAGUUAAAUACCUUGACCCGUUACUGUUUAGUUUCCGAGUCAAAUUUUAUCCACCAGACCCCUUUCGCCUGAAAGAAGAAAUCACUCGCUAUCAAAUAUACUUGCAGUUGCGACGAGACCUCCUUCAUGGACGUCUCUACUGUACUCCUAAUGAAGCUGCACUUUUGGCUGCCUAUGUGGUUCAAGCUGAUCUUGGUGACUUCAAUCCAGAGGAACAUGAAGGGAACUAUGUACAAGACCUCCGAUUAUUACUGAAACAAACUCCUCAGAUUGAAGAAAAAAUAAUAGAAUUGCAUCAAACUCUUUUGCUGGGGCAGACUCCACAAGAAGUUGAAAAAGAAUUUUUAAGACAUGCAAGUUCUCUCGACACUUUUGGUGUCGACCCUCACCCAGUGAAGGACCAUCGAGGCAAUCAAUUGUACCUUGGAAUCAACCAUCUAGGCAUCCUCACCUUUCAAGGAUCUCGUAAAACAAACCACUUCCGUUGGCCAGAAGUACACAAAAUUAACUAUGAGGGGAAAAUGUUCAUUGUUCAUCUGACAUAUAAUGAGGAUCCCCGAACAAAGAAGAAACAAACUGUUGGCUUUAAGUGCCCCACUGGUGCAGCAUGCCGCCAUGUGUGGCGGUGUGCAGUGGAACAAAUGCUAUUUUUCACCUUGCCCUCAGGUUCUGUUGUUCCUGUGGUCAGUGGUGGAAGUUUCUUCUCAUGGAGUUCAACUAAGUUCAAGUACACUGGGCGCACUGAACGAGAAUUACUCGAAGAAGCUGGGCCUUUGCGCCGCGACGAACCCAUGAUUAAUCGCCUGGGCAGCUUGAGGCGUAAAGCAUCCAGUGUUCCUGCAACUCCAUCCUCGCCAACAGAAAUGGGUGACAUCUGUUAUGGCCUACUUCCUCGCUCAAAUCACUCUGUACCAGACUCCAGAUUGGAUGGUGGACCAAGUCUCCUUGCCUCAAAUGAUGAAGGAUCUUUUUGUCUUGAUAGUAUACCUCUUUUGGAGACUGUGAGUGAAGAUCAUGAAGUUCAUUCCAGGCAGAGAAAUGCAGAACGGGACAUGGAUAUUAUGGAUGGCGCGGCCACAGGGCUCUCCGAAUAUUACUUGCGCGAGUCUUAUGACCAGUCAUCUUCUGAAUCUCAGCUGCUUGAUGGUCAGGGUCGCUCUCAUCGUUCAUCAAGAUCUCAAACACCAGUUACUCGUGGCAAAACAGGAAGCCGCUUGUCAUUAAACAGUGGUGCUGUUAUACCUUCUCAAUCUGCAACUGAAGGUGGGAUCUCAAAGCAAGAGACACCAUCUCACCGAAUGCGGCUCCGAGCAAGUUACCUCCUACCAGCAGUGGCAUUUACUGCAGUUUUGCUGGUGCUAUUUUUUGCUCUUGUCCUGGAAUCACCAGAAGAUGGGCUUCUUGCACCAUUGCGCCGCUUGCCUGAAGUUGCUGCAGUUCGCACAUUGUAUUAUGAGCCUGCGAAAGAAUUUCUUCGCAGUCGUAUCAGCUCUUGGAUUCAGUGAAAAUACGUUCACAGCAAGAGGAAGUCCGGGACCGACAGUGCCAAAUGUCAUCUGUUGAAAUGAGAUGUCCUUGUCCCAGGAUGUUUCCAACUUGUAUAUACAAGAUGGGAAUCCUCUUGCUGUGUGCCAUAGAGCAGCUCCAUAUUCUGUUGUUAGUCCCUGAACUCGAUUGCUUCUGUUCAGUGGAAUAUCAACUCUUCCAAAUUCAUUGUGUCAAUAAUGGUGCAUAAUCUGUUGCAUGUCUAUAUGUAUGAAAGCUGUGUUCAUGUCAUCAAUGAAAUCAGUUACCCUCAUUGCAUUCCAUAUUUGUUGUUGGAGGAGUUGUCCCAAUUAAUUUUAUUUAAGUAUGUUUUAUUCAGUUGCAUUUGUUACCAUGAAUUCAGUAUAUUGAGUGAUUCAACAACUUAACUUAUUGUCACAGACAGUGAUCAAAUAUUUUACGAUUCUGUUCAGCAUUCAAAGCUAGAACGGAUGGGAAAUCUGCAGAUUCACUAGUUUCCCUUUUAUCUCAAAUGUAGUUGUUAUAGUUGAUAACUACAUGCUAAUGCUCGUUAAUAGAUUGUGAUGUAUAAACUACUUCCUUGUAUUGUUUUGUUUUUUCUUUCUCUUUAUUUUUUGUUUUUAAAUAUAGUGCAACUGGUGCAAUAACUCAUUAUCAAAGAAAAUGUAAUUUCUUUUGCCAAAGAAGAAGCUUUGACUUUUCACUUUUAUUUAAGUUAACUAAUGUUAUGUUAAAUUAAAAUGAAUUUUUAAGAGAAAAUAUUCUAUGUUUAAUUUCAUGUAAUCUUUAAACAUGGUAUACUUUAAUCUAAUCAUUAUUGUUGAACAGUGUUACUUACACUCAAUGCUGUUUGAUUCAUUACAUACAGAGAUUGUGCAAUGUGUUUGCACUUCAUUGUAAACGGGCCUCACCAUAGACUUGCCAUUCUGCUUAUGUGCACCCAUUCUCAAUUUUCAUGAACUUGAAAUUUUAUUUUGCCACGGAAGACCCUAACACUCAGCGCAGAAUAGAUGUUCCUCACAAUUAUUUGAACUCAGCCUAUUUUAUUUUGCCUGAAUCUUGUUUGUAUGUAGGGGAGAAUUUGAUUGUGUGUACACCUCACUUUUUGUGGUUUUCUUUCCUUUGUAACUAGCCAUAUGUCUUGCCAUGUAUUGCAAGGAUGUGAAUGACAAUCUUUUGCAUUGUGGGUUGUAAUUCAUUCAUGUAAUGAGCUUCUUUGCAAAUGCUCAACUCUCAGAACUCUGUCCCACUUUGGUAAUGUUUGUUGCAAUUUUGCUCUCUUAUUCACUCAGUGUUCUCUAUGGUUUAGUUGUCUUUUUUUUUUUUUUGUCCUAAGCAUUUGUGUGUGUGUCUCUGAGAGGAGGAGAGUUUUUUUUUUUUGUUCAUUUUUAUCUAUUCAUGAAUUUGAAGUUCUUUUAAUGUUUGAAUUUUAUGCAUUUGACUUGCCGAUUAGUGUUAAGAUUUAUUUUUAAGGUGCAUUUCAAGAAAUACCAGAUGGAUCUGAAAACAUUCCCAUUGAAGCACGUUUGCGGUUCAAUUCCAGCUGUGAUUUUCUUUCACAUUCAUACCCAAAGCAAAAUUAGGGCCUCCUUAAUAUGGCAUAGCUUUUUCAUACAGUUUGUGUUUUGAUUCCUAAUUUUUCUCUUUUGAAUUUUAUGUAAUGAUUGUUGUGGGGCCAAUGUUGCUUUCCCUAUAAACCGUCACUACAGUACAAUGUUUGUAAAAAGAUCAUUCUGAACUCAGUUUUAGAUUGAUGUACACUUGCACUUGCCUUUUAUUUUCCUCUGAAAGGAGACAAAAUCAAAAGGCUGAGAAAUGAUUUACGCUUCUGUUUCCAGUUGUUUUUCUUGAUGCUUUCAUGAUACAAAUGAAAGAUGAUUUGAAGUACUAAACUUUCGUUGAAUCCUAUGAGGUGAAUUUUUGAUGGUGUUAUUCUCUCUAAUUUAUUGGCAUUUUCAUUCCUCAUUACCUCUUUAGACAUCGUGUGAAUGGAUUGCAAUGGUUUGAUUUGGUGAUAUUUAGCUCGUGUAGUAUUACUGAAUGGCUCAAUUUUCUCAGAAAGUGGUCAUGAUGCAUGGAUACUUAAAUCAAUCGUACUAUUAAAAUUGGCAUUUGAUAUUUUGAUA